CAGAAUGAACGCUUAUUGGCUCUGUGGCACACAUACUGUAUGGAAAAUAUCUUCGGUGCGAAGGUAGAGGAAAUGCAACGACUGAUGCGAGAAACGUCGCGCAAUGUGUUUUGAGACUUUUCACAGUGGUUUUCACGAAUUUUCUUUAGUUGAGAGAAAAUCGUCGCCUAGUCAACGUCGUCUUCUAACUUCGAAAGAACCGAAAUAAACAUUCUGAUCUAGUCAAAACGACUAAAGCAGACUACAAUUACACCUAUUUUGGGACUUAACGAAAAUAACGAGACUAAGGAGAAAAGCGAAAAAAGAACAGUGGUGCCAAAUUUUCCACAGCAACAUCUUUAAAUUUAGCGAAACAGAAGUAGCAGCAGCGGCGGCGGCAUCUUUUUAACAAAUUGUCCUAGUAUCUGUGGCGCAUUAAAGCGUAAAAUCUCAGAAUCUAUAUAUUCUGACAAAUUAAAAAUAUAUACAGCCGUAGUAGUAGCAGCAGAUAUAUCGAAAACUUUUCAAGUAUAAACUUCGCAUAGGAAGCAACGCAAAUGGCUCAACCUCAGUUACUACAAAUUAAACUGUCGCGUUUUGACGCCCAGCCUUGGGGCUUUCGAUUGCAGGGAGGUGUUGACUUUGCUUCCCCACUAGUCGUGCAAAAGGUUAACGGCGGCAGCUUGGCAGAGAAGGCUGGUCUCAUCCCAGGAGAUGCUGUACUUCAAAUUAAUGAUGUUGAUGUAUUUAAUUUGCGCCACAAAGACGCCCAGGAUGUCGUUGUACGCUCUGGAAACAACUUCGUUUUGACUGUCCAAAGGGGAGGCUCGACUUGGCGUCCACACGUAACGCCAACUGGCAAUCUACCUCAGCCACAGCAGAACUCCCCGUAUUUGCAAACAGUGACGAAAACUUCUCUAGCUCAUAAACAACAGGAAGGACAACACAUUGGCUGUGGAUACAAUAACGCUGCCCGUCCAUUCGUUAACGGCGGCGAUGGCAGCGUCAAGAGUAUCGUAAAUAAACAAUAUAACACGCCGGUCGGCAUUUACAGCGAUGAAUCUAUUGCAGAAACCCUUUCAGCUCAGGCUGAAGUCCUGGCCGGCGGCGUUCUUGGUGUCAACUUCAAGAAAAACGAAAAGGAAUAUCAGCCCGACAAGUCAGAGGUAUUGAAGUUCUUACGCGAAGAAGAAACUGGACAAUCGACUCCAGCCUUCCAACAAGAUUACCAACACCAGCACCAAAACCAACACCAACACUUACACCAUCAGCAACAACAACCUCAACAACAACAGCAACAACAACAGCACUAUCAGCCAUCUGCUACAAGGCAUGUAAGCGCUCCGGUAAAUUCCUCAAAGCCUCCAAGUACCGGCGGAUUGCCGACCGGCCAGAACAUUUGCCAUGAGUGUGAACGCCUCAUAACUGGUGUUUUUGUGCGCAUCAAGGACAAGAAUCUGCAUGUGGAAUGUUUCAAGUGUGCAACUUGCGGCACCUCUUUGAAAAACCAAGGUUACUAUAACUACAACAACAAGCUCUACUGCGAUAUCCACGCCAAGCUCGCAGCUCUACAAAAUCCACCACCCGGCACCGACGGUUAUGUACCCGUGCCAAUUAAACCAAACGCCAAGCUGAGUGCCAACACCAUCUCGUCGGCAUUGAAUGCCCAUGGCUUUAGCGACAUACCGGUGGCUAAUGGUGGAGUUGCAACGCAGAAUUCUGUUCCGAGGCCACAAGCUUACGAAAGCGCAAAUGAAAAUAAAGAGGAUAACACUGACUUGCCACUGCCACCACCACCAUCACCUUCCUUGCUGCAACAGUUAGAAAUCGAUAGCCAAUACUGUGCCGCUGUUGACGAUAACACCACCGACACGAAACAAAAAUUACUGCAUAUUAGCAGGCAUUCAACGCUUUCGACUUCUUCCAAUAACUCGUCCAGGACAUCAGCAGCACAGCCGAGUCACAUUCCAUCUAUGACAGAAGAGAUAUCAACAGCACCAAUGGUAGACGAAACAUCUAGUGGAUACACUUCUGCCUCGUCGUUGCGUUCCCGUCAAACCUCAUCGGCACCUUCUUCAGUGUGUGGCACAAGCACAGACUCCAAUAGGACUCCGAUAGCAUCACCACCACCCCCACCGCCGCUACCUCCAUCUCUACCAGUACAAAUGAUCCAACAACCACAUCGCCAACCAUGCGAAAACGAUAUGAACUCACAAAAUCAGCAUGGCAUCGGCGGUGGCCUAGCAGGUGGAGUUUAUAGCAAAUUCUUGAAGGAGUAUUCCAACAAGUUGCUAACACAAAACAAUAAGAAUAACAUUUCAACAAAUUCCCUAUCCAUUGACAUUUCCUCAAAAAGUAAUCACAAGCACUAUGAGAAGUCGAACAAGUCACUCGUUACAAACAACAUUCAAAAUCGCUUGAACAACACCGCCUUACCAUACCACCCAUCAACUCAGACACUAAUGACCUCUCAUGCACAAUCAGUCAAAAACUUAGACUCAAUAGCCUCAGGCUUAAUAAGCACAACCACAGACGCAGUCCCAGGCAUAGACACAGCCAGUGCAACGACAAAAAACACGCAUCCUUCGGUUAUAGCCAUAUCAGCGAACUUUACUAAUCAAUUGAAUCCAUGUCAGCAGGUUGCGAAAUCGGCAACAGAUUCAACAUUACCUCCACCAGCACUAUUGUCUUCAACUCCAAAAACAGAAAUAACUAGUGCUACACUCAUAAACGCUGUCAAUAGCAAUUGCCAUAGUCAUAUUAGUAAUCGUUGCGAAAGUGCACAGUUAAGUGAAUUUGAAGGCAUCCCCGACACAGCAAGAGAGGCGACCUCAGCAAUGUUGGCUAAUCAGCCGUCGGAACUCGACCAAUCGCCAUUUGGGGAAUACGUUACCUUGACGGGCAGCGUCAUCCGCAGUGUUGUGCCUCCUGGUAAGGGUACAAACAUCAACUACAAGGUCCAUCAGGGUUAUGCUAGACCCUUCGGAGCUGCUUCUGGCGCGCCAGCUUCUGCCCCCAAAUCCCCGGUUGCAUACCCACCGCAGAGGUCUGCAGUCAACCCGUACGCCACACUGCCGCGCAAUAACGUGGGCCAGCAAGUCCAAACAGAAUCAAACACCACUUCUACCAGCACAUACGCCUCCAACUCAACUCAAGCUUCAAGUUCAUCGUAUCAAAGUAAUGCCGGCACCGCCCUCUCUGGCACGAAAAUUGAUUUGCAAGAAGUUAUUGACGAAACCACAGAAGAACUUGAACAUUCUGAAGUGCUCUUUCCACCACCAUCUCCGCUAAGCCAUCUCCAAGGUAAAGCCGUUAUAUCCGGUUUACACAAAGCUGAUACGAUACCAAAAUAUCAACGCAAUUGGACAAAACUGCCCACACAAAGUCCUGUUCGCACUCCAGAGCCAAGCGAACUUCGAGAAAAUAUCCCACUCGCUUUUGUAGAUUCACCUGCUGCAAACUCAUCAAGUAACCCGGUCCACAAGCCUGUGGCCCAAAUAAGUACAACUACUGCAAACGAAUCGAAGAGACAAGAGCAAUCUUCGUUGACUGAACAACGGACGAAAUCGCAAACUCAAACCAAACGACCAGUCGUGCCUGUUAUAGUGGAAGACAGAGUGACUCCCCAAGUAACAAUGGCUUUUCAAUCCCUUGAUGAACACUUACAAUUAGACGAAUCACAAAGACCAAACCGACCCUACACUCCAUCAAUUAGCAAUAAACCUGUUCCAAUAAUUCCCUUUUAUCAAACGCCGGAAGCACUCUGCUUUGACGAGUGCCCAGCCUCUCAUGCUCGCACUUAUGAUCGACGCUCAGCUUCACCAUUCCCGGACCGUGCACGAUCCCCUGCUCCGGGCCCACCACCAAAUCCGCUAGCAGCUAUCCGCACACCACGAGUGAAAGAUAAUGAGUUGUCUUCCUUAUCUCCGCGUAUACUUCAAGCUGGCUCAAUUACCACUGGACAAAGCUACUUGGGAGCUCAACAACAACAGCAAACCGAGAUUAUAUCACAUCUAGAACAAACUAGCAAAACAGGAAGUCAAAGCUACACUAAGAUACCCGAAAGAAUUCAGGAACAUCAAAUUGGUAAUUACACAGUACAACGCCGAGAAAAAGCGUCCGUCAAAUCCGAUCAAAAGCAAUCGAGCUUGGAAAGCCAAACAAAAAUGCAAAUUGGCGAUACCCAGAUUGAGAGAAGACGCCGAGUAACUGAAGAAUAUGAACACACUCAAAGCGCCCGUUCUGUAGAGAUUCGUACAGGCACAAAAACUACUACAGUCGCUCCCGCUUCGUCAGCUACGGAGCGCCGUCAAUCAUACGGCAAAACAGGUUAUGUUGCUAAUCAAGCGCGCCGAUUAUCCGGCUUGGAACAAGAGAUUACAAAUUUGACAAGUCAGUCGCAGGCAAUUAGCGCACGCGCCGCUGCUUUAACGGAUACAUCAUUUCCACAAAUAAGUUCUCCUGAACCGGUAUCGAAGUUUCCGACUAAACCAUUGCUUCCUCCACACGAUGAACCUAAGCGUCCCAGCUAUCUGUUUUCUGCGACCCCUUACAACAAAAUGGUUGGUCCCCCGCCAGGAUUCAAUGAGCAAGAAAAUGAGCAGAAACAGAAUCAACAACAGUUGUCUUCCUUUCAUGCUUUAACUACAUAUGGAGCAUCUAUGGCUUCGAAACAACAAAAAUCAUUAAGUACAUAUUCAAGCAGCAACUUCACAACUUCCACAAGCACAGCAUCAUCAUUAUCACAGCAAGCUAAUGCCGCUAACGUUGGCAGUCUAACAAAAGCUUCUAUUACUAAUAAUAAUCAAGCUGACGCGGCAAGUGCCACGACCGCCGCCGCCAGUGCCAUUUGCCCCGUAACGGGGACAUUCUGUCGUCCAGGUCACACUUGCUGCCGACAGCAACAGUUGCAAGCGCAAACCAUUGCAACUGGCGUAGUUAAUUAUACUGAGAAUAAUAACGUAACAUAUCGGCCGAACGCUUCCACAGGUAUAACGGAUAUUAAGACUAAUGCACAAACCACCGCAACGGCUAUCGCUACCGCGGCCAAUGCUAUUGCGUAUGCCACUGACACAGCGCCGCCUUCCUCAAGCACUGGUUCUGCCGCUGCUGCCGCGCCUACUUCUUUUCCGCCACCCAAUACCAUUGAUAACAACAAGUCUAACGUUGCUCUCGGCGGUUCUACAGGUGUAGGAGGCAAGGGAGCCUUUGGCGCCACCUCGGCUCCAAAGCGUGGACGUGGAAUCUUUAACAAGGCGGUCGGUCCCGGUGUUCGCGUGCCUUUGUGUAACAGCUGCAACAUCCAAAUCAGGGGGCCUUUUAUUACCGCAUUGGGACGUAUCUGGUGUCCUGAGCAUUUCAUUUGCGUAAAUGCCAACUGUCGUCGCCCAUUGCAGGACAUCGGUUUCGUCGAGGAGAAAGGUGAUCUCUACUGCGAGUACUGCUUUGAGAAAUAUUUGGCUCCGACAUGCAGCAAAUGCGGUGGCAAGAUAAAGGGCGAUUGUUUGAACGCCAUUGGAAAGCAAUUCCAUCCAGAAUGCUUCACUUGCGGCCACUGUGGCAAACUUUUCGGUAACACCCCCUUCUUUCUGGAGGAUGGAAACGCCUACUGCGAAGCCGAUUGGAAUGAACUCUUUACAACCAAAUGUUUCGCUUGCGGAUUUCCAGUUGAGGCAGGUGAUAGAUGGGUUGAAGCCCUGAACCACAAUUAUCACAGCCAAUGCUUCAAUUGCACUUACUGCAAGCAAAAUUUGGAAGGUCAAAGCUUUUACAACAAGGGUGGUCGUCCCUUCUGUAAAAAUCAUGCGCGCUAAAGCGAAAGAACGUUUGCUGCACGUCAGAGAUCACGCAUAUUACAAUACCUACAUUAAAGAUACACUGAUAAACAAUAUCCACAAAAGUUAUAAUAUAAACAUAUAAAUUGUAUUAAUUAAAACCUGAAUGUGAAAAGUACACGCUAAAGUCCUCGAAUGCCUCUUUGCCUCGGCCUCAGCCUCAGCAUCGAAACUUUUUUCCGUUAUUAUGCGAAAUUUUGAUGACGAUCCUUUGAUUCGAAAUAA